AUGGUGACGUUUCCUCAGCGACUCGCCAUUGCUCGGAGCGCAUCACACAUUCCCUAUUUCCGCGACCCGUGGAUCUGUUCCAAGCAGUCUGCCGUGACUGUUCCAACCCGCCAUCACUUAUCCACCAGCCCACCAGCACUCCCCGAUGAAUUCUUUCGAAAUACGUCGCGACGAUGGAUAUUCAACGAGACCGACCGUUUAAAAGAACGAUUCGUCAAGUUUCGACCAACAGAGCUCCAACGGAUCGCCGGCGAAGCAGUACAACAAGACUAUUGCCCUGAUAUGUCUAAGUUUGCGGAGGGAGGCUUCAACAGAGUGUUUCUUCUGCGAGCAAAGAAUGGUCGCGAGGUGAUUGCACGGAUUCCGACUCCCAUUGCCGGGCCGUCCCAUUACACCACCGCCAGUGAGGUGGCGACAAUGGACUUUUUGCGAACUGUUCUCAAACUGCCGGUACCCAAGGUCUUGGGGUAUUCGGCAACAUCAGACAAUCCCGUCGGAGCAGAGUAUAUUUUGAUGGAGCGGGUGGAGGGGGAGAGUCUUUCCUCACGGUGGUUAUCCCUCACCACGGACGAGGUGAAAGACAUCACGACACAAAUCGCCAAUAUGGAGAAGAGGAUUUUCAACUUCCACUUUCCUGCGUAUGGAAGUCUAUAUUACAAGAAGGACCUUAACGGGGAAGCCCAGGUAUCAACCAUGGACGAUUUUGUUAUCGGCCCUGUGUCUGCCCGGCAGUUUUGGCAUGGCGAACGAAGCAAAACAGAGAUUGACCGUGGGCCCUGGCUUUCAUCUGUGGACGCUGUUACCGCCGCAGCCCGCCGAGAGAUGGCUGUCAUUCAGCAUCAUGCCAAAGCCCAGCCUCGCCAGACAUUUCUUCUACCAACCAACUAUGACAUUCACCCCUCUGAGCACAGCUCAUUACUUUCGCGGUUCCUACAGUUGGCGCCUCAUUUGAUUCAACCGGGCUCUUCCAGCGCCCCGACACUAAGACACCCUGAUUUGAGUCUGGGUAACAUUUUAUUGGCACCUGGAACCACCAAAAUCAUCAGUAUCAUCGAUUGGCAGGAUGCCGUGAUAUUCCCGCGCUUCAUCCAAGCAGGCUAUCCCGCGUUCUGUGAGCACGACUCCUCGCGGCCUCAAAGUCUGAAAAUUCCAUCUCUCCCCGACCACUUCGACGAAAUGGGUCUCGACGAACAGAGACAAUCCAAAGCAAUCUUUCGUUUGGAAGAGGCCAACCUCUACUACACAGCCGCGACGGGAGUCCACAAUGACCAACACAUGGAUGAUUUAAGACUUCCCCAUCUUGGAAUGCUGCAGUAUCUCCUCCGCCAGACAGGGUACCCCUGGGACGCCGACGUAAUCAACCUCCGUGCAGCGUUAGUAGGCACCACGACUCCGUCGGUAUGGAGCAAAAUCACCUCGGCCGUUUGCCCAGUACAGUUCAGCGAUGAAGAACGAGAGGCUGCGAUCGCGGAAUCGCAGGAGUGGAACGAGUCCGAGCAGCUAUUGUCCCGGGUUCGAGAGCACCUUAAUAUCGACCUGGAAGGCGGGACCGAGCCGGACAACUUCGAGAGGGCAGUGCAGGGCAAUCGCCAGUUUCGGAUGGAGAUGGUUAGACAGGCAGAGGCGGGCCAGCAGGAGAUCUGUUGGCGUAAUUGGCCAUAUAAAGAUAAAGAGGACGAUAGCUUGCCUCCUCAGACGUAA